UGAGGGAGGUGAGGGAGGGGAUGUGAGGGAGGUGUGUACGUCCUCUCCUUUCUGCUUUCGUUUCCUUUCGGCAAUCUCCGGAGAGCAGAGGGGAGGAGACAACACAGACCUGCAUAGGACACAAGGUUUGCACCUCACAGCGGCUGCUUCCCGUUCACAUUACCCCUCCUGGUGCUGCGGUAGUGGAGGCUGCAGAAGAUGCGAUCCGUGGGGUUGAGCCGCUGUUUGUGGCUGCUGCUCUGUGCAGCCCUGGGCAGCGCGGUGUACAGACAGGAGGAAGCCCUCUCCCCCUCACCCACCAAUAGCACCGUGCACACUCCGGACACACAGGGCAAUGACACUACCACGGUGACCCGCUUCAGCAACAUCGGGCAGUACAUGCCAACCAUCAAGAGCGUCUUCAUCUUCGUGUGCGGCUUCAGCACCUUCCUCAUCGGCUGCCUCAUCGUCAAGAUCUUCAGGUCUGGAAAGAGAAUACGAAAAACACGUAAAUAUGACAUCAUAACAACACCAGCUGAGCGAGUAGAAAUGGCUCCUCUCAAUGAGGACAAUUUUGAAGAUGAAGACUCCACAGUGUUUGAUGUAAAAUAUAGAUAUAGGUAAGAACAUCUGAUGUUGCAACAUCUGGGCACAAUUCUAGUGACGCCAAAAGUCUGAAGCAGAUUUGGAAACUUUUAUCUUUGGGAGGGAAAAAAGAUGAGAACACUUUCUUCACACACCUUCAUCUGCAAGAAAAUGACAUGGAUAGAUGAGUUUCUCCUUAAGCUAAAAUCCAUAUUUAUGUACUAUACCAGAAGACUUCAGAUAAAAUGGGGAAGGAUUGGACUGCUAUCUAACUGGAUCAUUCCUUUCUGUGUGUUGCGGGGAUUGGUCUCUAAUAAUAUAUAUUUUUAUAAAACCAAAGACCUGCUGAAUUUUAGAAGACCUUACACAAAACUACAUUGGAGGACCUUACACAAAACUGGAAACAUUUCUGAUAAAGCAAAAUCUAUGUUCCACAUCAUCUGCUACCAGCUCCAACAAUUUGCUACUCAAGAAACAAUGAUAUCCAGAUGACAGAGAUUCUAGGAAUUAAGCACUACUGUUAUACUGUAUCCACUCCAAUUACAUCCAGAAAUGGAGAAAACCGUAUAUCUGACAUCAGUGUGCCCUUCUUUUUUAAUAGUGUUGGCUACAUUUCAACAUGUUUUAGACACAUGUAGGUGCCCUGCCUAAUCACAACACGAUCGCUACCAGCCUGUAUGCACAUAUUUGUUCAUAGCCUGUCAUAGUGUAUGGUACGGGAACAUUUUGCAACCUUUUCCUGUAGUUAUAUUCACUAUUGAUUUUUUUCUAUACCGUUCAGGAAUAGAUGAAGAAUGUUUUUAGAUGAUCAUCUCCAAUAUUCUCCAAUAUUCUGUUGCCGCCAAUGGUGGCUUUUUUGUUUUAUUGAUUUUUUUUGGCAUCUGUUUGGAACAGAUAGUUGAAGCAAAAGAUAUUAACCUUGUGGUGUGGUAAAAAUAGUGGGCGUACCAUGUUUUAAAGGGUUUUUGACUUAAAAGAAUAAAUUGACAAAAGGAAGGAAAUGUAAUAAAAUAACAAAAGAACCAUUACUGACCAGAUAAAUCCCCUUUCAUUAGAGCAUUGCUGCCCCUAUACCCACGUAAACUCUGCAGCCAAUCAUUGCCUUCAGUGGUUGUGUGCCAUUCACUACUGAGGCCAGUAAUUGGUUACAGUGGUCGCAAAUGCUGCCAAGUAAACACAGAGUGGGAAUUACCAGAGAGAUAGAAUUAUGAGGUAAUUGUUCUUUUCUUGUUUUUUUAUUUAUUUUUUACAUUUCUUCCUUUUUUGACUUUUUUUUAAAUAUAUAUUUAACUUCAGAAAACUCCUGUCAGAAUAGGUCACUAUGGUAUAUAAGGAAUCAUAAUUUACAUUAAUAUAUUUUAAUAUUUUCUAUGUUAACAACAUAGUAUGUGAUAUAUAUAUAUAAAUAUGUGUUAUCUAUUAAAAAAUGUAAAGCAUGGUUGACAAAGUCGAUGUCCCCAAAUGGUGGUGAACUACUGCAUGGAUACAUAGGCAGCACUGGCUUUUAACGGUGGGAGAAUUGACACAAUACUUAAAUAUAUAUUUGUAUAAGGUUAUAAGAGCAAAGCUGUGAUUUCUAGAAUGCAACACUUUCCAUAUUAGUAGCAGCACCACACAAAGAUAUAAUAUUACUAGGUUAGAAUUUCCAAUACAAACAGUGCUUAAUAGGAAAUGGGUAAUACUAUUGUUGACACUCCACUUGUUUAAGGGGACAAUAAUUUAAAGCUAUUGUCACUAUUUUUUCCUCUUUUGUAUAUAGAAGGAAAAUUGAAGCAACUUUAAAAUUAGUCUUGAUUAAAAUAUGCUUUGUGCCUACAUAUUCUAUACAUACUUACAUGUCUCUA